UGUUUUUUGUUUAAUUUAAUUUAAUUUUUUUAAAAUAUCGUGUUUUGGAAAGAAGUUCCAUUUUGCAAAAUUUCUCUCACAACUGACCCCCGAACGCGGAAAGGGCAAAAUUCGUGGCGGAAAACAACCCUCCAUCACCGUCUCCCUCCAAAUCAUCCCCCUCUUAAGAGAAAAAGGAAAAAAGACGACGAAAGAUAAGAAUUGAGAAAGGAUAAGGGAAAAAAACGAUAGAAGGAAAACGUUUCCGGGACGACGCACGCGGCCCCCAUAGGCAAAUCCGUACCGGCAUAGGAGUGACGGUGUGACCAGGCAUCCGGUGACACGACUUAGGUGGGCCCUGACAGUUUUUGUCUCUUUAUUUUCUAAAUUUCUCUUUUUUGUUUAUUUUCAACCUCUCCCCCCACCACCAAAGUUCAAACACCACAUGAACCAUAUGUGUAUUUGUGCAGAAAAAAAAGAAAAACAAAAAUAACACACCUUGAGGUUUUUAUUUUUAAUAAUUAAAAAAAUAAAUAAAACAACCUGAGGUUAAAAUAAUAAUUUUUUAAAAAAAGAAAUAGCCUUUUUUUAAUUUUAAACCACUUCCCCUUCCCUCCUUUAAAAAAAUCCAAAGUUUCCUGAUAUAACCCCAACACAAAAAAAAACAAAAAAAUAAAAUUAAAAAAAAAUAAAAUAAAUAAACAUGCCUCCGUACAUCAGAGAGAGUUUGAAUCCGCCGAUGAGCAACAAAGACGUUCUGCUCAGGGCAGUAGAGCAGAUACAAGAAAUGCUGCCUGAAGGCUACCGCAUUACGAUCGACUUUUACAGGGUCGACGGGGAGGAUGAAGAAGCCGAGCAGGUGGAGUCCGAAGAACCGCCCAAGAUCAUAAAUGCCGACUCGCUCGACGACGCCCAACUUGGCGAGAUAGACUUCGAGCUCUGUUCAGCACUCGAACAGCUCUCGGUGAUCGAAGACGCCCUUCCGUUCCUGAGGGGGAUACAGGAGUCAGGCCAAAGGGACGAGAUCAUCUGCAAGCUGUUUGGCGACAAGGGCGAGACCGGCGAUGAAGGAAGCCAAGAAAACACCGAUUGCACCUUAGUUAAGCAAUAUUAGGGAUCACUGUUUGAAACUAUUAUAUUUAUUUUUUUCAACAGUAAAAAGGAAAAAGGAAACAGACGCCAAAUUCCAAAAAAAUAAAAAAUUA